UCCACCUAGGCAGAUAGGUUCUCCAAGAUAGUUGGAAAUAUAAUUCACUCUCGGAUUAUUGUCGUCCUCUCUAGGGAGAGAUUUCAAAUGCUUACAGUCCCGAUCUCGGCGCUUUCGCGAGGACAGUAACGUUUAUUUUCAAACAGAGUCUUAGGAGGACACACAUACACACACUUCAAGAUGCCCCAACAGGAUAUUGUGAAGAUUGCCAUCCAGAUGCCAGGGGCAUACCCUCAGCUCAUUCAACUGGACCAGAAAAAGCCCCUUUCUGCUGUAAUAAAGGAAGUUUGUGAUGGGUGGAAUCUUCCAGGCCCUGAUAACUACGCCCUCCAGUAUGCCGACGGUGUUCAGACCUACAUCACUGAAUCUAACCGUCUGGACAUAAAGAAUGGCUGCAUUCUCCGUCUGACCAAGGCACCGGGCCGUUGUGCCGAGGACCUCUACAAGGGCAUCCAGAGCUCAGACUCAGGUGUGCGCUGUGAUUCGCUGAAGCAGCUGGCCUGCGUGUCCACUGAUGUCACUUUUGCCCAAGAGUUUAUCAGCCGUGAUGGCCACUCUCUGCUGGUGAAGAUCGUAGAGGACGCUGACGAGGCCCCUCUGAUCAUGACCCACACACUGACAGGCUUCAUGGAGUUGAUGGACCAUGGGAUUGUAUCAUGGGAGAAUCUCUCUGCUGUCUUCAUCAAGAAGAUUGCUAACUUCGUCAAUGCCAAGGUGCUGGACGCGUCCAUCCAGCAGGUGUCCCUGGCCAUCCUGGAGAGCAUGGUGCUGAGCAGCAGCAGCCUCUUCCAGCAGGUCAAGCAGGAGGUCACUCUGGAGAGACUCCUCUCACAUCUACAGGUGACAAACCAACAGAUUCAAACCAAAGCCAUGGCCCUCCUCAUGGCUCUACUACAGACUGCUGGAGAUGCAGACAGACAGGAGCUGUUUGCCUUCUUAGGAAUGAAGAAUCUUCGACAGUACAUCUAUAAGAACAUUAUCCAUAGUUCUGCCUCCGUGGGGGAUGAGAUGGCCCACUACCUGUAUGUCCUUCAGUCUGUCACUCUGAACCACCUGGAACCUCGCAUGAGGAUGCCCCUGGACUCCUACAACCAGGACCAGAGGGAGAUUCUACACGGCCUGCGGCAGGCAGCCUUCGAGACGGAGAGUGAGAACAGCUUGAGUCAUGAGCGACGGCGCUCUCUCUGUGCCAAGGAGUUCAAGAAGCUGGGCUUCUCUAACAACAGUAACCCAGGUCAGGACCUGCUGCGGGCCCCUCCUGGCCUGCUGGCUCUGGACACUAUGGCCUACUUCGCCUCCCGCUACCCCGAUGCCUACAGCAGGUUUGUUCUAGAAAACAGCAGUAGGGAGGAUAAGCACGAGUGUCCAUUCGCCCGUAGCAGCAUCCAGCUGACUCUCAUCUUGUGUGAGAUCCUACGCAUCGGAGAGCCCCCCUCAGAGACUGGUUCAAACUACCACCCCAUCUUCUUCUCUCAGGACCGGCUGCUAGAGGAGCUUUUCUGCGUCUGCAUCCAGCUGAUCAACAAGACCUGGAAGGAGAUGAGAGCCACGCAGGAGGACUUUGACAAGGUAAUGCAGGUUGUGCGUGAGCAGAUCACUAGGACUCUGUCCAGUAAGCCCACGUCUCUGGAGCUGUUUAAGAACAAGGUGAAUGCUCUGAACUACAGUGAGAUCCUCAAACUACGCCAGACAGAGCGGCUGCACCAAGAGGAGACCCUCGCCCCGCCUGUAUUAGAGCUGAAGGAGCGUCUGAAGCCUGAGCUGUUGGAGCUGAUUCGCCAGCAGAGACUGAACCGCCUGUGUCAGGGAACCCUCUUCCGCAAGAUCAGCAGUCGACGAAGACAGGAUAAGUUGUGGUACUGUCGUUUGUCACCCAAUCACAAAGUCCUGCACUUUGGCGAUGUGGAGGAGGACACAGAAACACCCCCCAUCGAGAGUCUCCAGGAGAAGAUUCCUGUUGCAGAUAUCAAAGCACUGCUGACAGGGAAAGACUGCCCUCACAUGAAGGAGAAUAAGGGCAAACAGACCAAGGAAGGGUUGGACCUGGCUUUCAGCAUCACUUAUGACGUGGAGGAGUACAGCCUCAACUUUAUCGCCUCAUCCAGAACAGAUUUCUGCCUGUGGACAGAUGGACUGAGCGUGCUCCUGGGGCGGGACAUGAGUAGUGAAUGCAUGAGGAGUGAGCUGGAUAUCCUGCUUUCCAUGGAGAUCAAGCUCCGCCUCCUGGACCUGGAGAACGUGCCCAUCCCAGACUGCGCCCCCCCGGUGCCCAAACCCCCCAGCAACUUCAACUUCUGCUAUGACUUAAGCCAGGCUGAGCAGUAGGCCUGGAGAGAGGUCAAGGCAUGGUAGAGGAGGAGACCUGGGGCCUGUUCAGGAGGAUGUAACGUUACAGAAUGUUCGGAUAGAAAUACAUGAAGUAGAACAUACAUGAUCAUCUGUCCUAUGGAAUAGGGGUGCAUGUCAGUUCUAUUCAUUCUAUUUCUAUCUGCAACGCUCAGAAUGUUUCAUGUCACUGAAUGUACCCCAAUAACGACCAAGCAUGUGGACAUAGCUAGAUACACAGGAGGAACAGUGGCAACAUGGAGGCCUGGAUGGACAUAAAGAUGAUCUAAAGCAGAGGCAAAGGUGUCUUCUUCUAUGGGCGGAGUAAUGUGGAAGACGAGAGGCUGAAGAGGAUUCCUUAGGUACUAUUAGAGUAAUCAUCUUUUUGGGUGUGGUCCCGGGCACACAAGUGUAUUGUAACUGUAGAAAUGAAAAACAGAAAGGAAAACGCUGUACACUGCUGUUCCCAGGUGAUAUUUAUUUAUAACAACAUUUCCACCCUUAGGUCUUCAUCAGGCAUCCAUAUCCCAGGUGGGGGUGGAAGGUCCUA